GUGAAAUCUGAAGACUGUUCAGAAUUGUAGUGUAUUAGUAUCAGUAGUAAAAGUGAAUUAAUACCGAGUGAGACGAAGUCCAGUUGAACUGGUAUAACUAUUAGCGAUAAGUAAUAUUCUAUCUUCUUUAUCUCAGAGCGCCCUAAGUCAAUGACAGGGAACAAUGAAUAAGUUACUUGUGAAGCCAGGGACAUGUUGGUUCGAGCAAGUUUCGAAUCCUGAACGAUGUAACGUAGCAGAACAACUUGUUCACAAGCUAUCACAGCAAUGUCAAGAUCAACUACUUAAGGAUGAUAUUCAGCAUUAUAAAACAUAUAAGGAGCAGUCGCCGUCAUGGAAUGACUUUCGCUGGGUCGAUAUGGUUCGGAGGAAGGGUUCGCUUCGGGAUCGAGCUGCUGCCUUCUCACUUUUAUUGCAGGAUUCACCCGUUCAUAACCUCGAGAUCUUAGAUAUUCUCAUUCAAUGGGUGUCCCCAAAAGGAAAACGAGAAUGUUUUAUCGCAAUUGAUGCUCUCACGGAUCUCUUUGUGCACUACCUGCUUCCUCCGUCGCGAAAACUAGUCUCGUUCAAUUUCCGACCUCUGCAGAAGCUUGAUAUGAAUAAACGGGCUGACCAGACUAAAUGCCUUGUAUGGUACUUUGAAAGUCAGCUUAAAACAAAGUACAUGCGUUUUCUAGAAAAUAUUGAGAAGUUAAGCUACGAUAAAACGGAGACGUCAAAGUCAAAAGCUGUUAAAACACUUUACAUGCUGCUGGCCGAGCAUCCUGAACAGGAACAGUUUCUUCUGACCCGCUUAGUCAACAAAUUCGGGGAUCCCAUGCGUAAAAUUGCUGCCAAAACAGCCCACUUAUUAUCAGAACUAACAGCGAAGCAUUCGGCCAUGAAGCCUAUUGUACUCUCUGAGGUGGAAUCACUGCUGUUCCGCAAGAACAUUGCCCCUAAAGCACAAUACUAUGCGCUUUGCUAUUUAUCAACGAUUGUGCUGACAAAUGACGAAUACGAGCUAGCAUUAAAGCUUGUACACAUCUACCUUAACUUUUUCAAGAUCUGCGUUGCCGCCGGUGAAGCAGACACGAAACUGAUGGCUGUUCUGUUGACCGGUGUAAAUCGCGCGUUCCCGUUUUGCUCUACGAAUGAGGAACUUAUUUCACGCGAAAAUGAAGACGUCCUGUUUCGACUCAUAUAUAUGUCAACACUUUCCAUCGCCAUCCAAUGCCUUACGCUUCUUUUUCAGGUGCUGACAAAGAAGAACUCCGGCCUAACGGCACGUUUCUACAGCGCGCUCUAUAAAAAAAUUCAGGACCCAAAUAUGGUAAUGACACAUCACCAGUUAAUGAUGUUUAACCUCAUUUACAAGGCUGUGAGAGCAGAUAAAGAUACAUCUCGGGUGACAGCUUUCAUCAAAAGAAUGCUACAGCUUUGCUUAACGUACCCACCCAAUUUGGCAUGCUCAAUGCUACUUAUUAUCGCCCACGUUCUGAAGGAGCGUCCUCAGCUUCUGCUUAACUAUCCACAAGCUAUUCAGGUUCCAACAAAGCCCGGAAGUCUCGCUGGUGCAACCGCAGACGGAAAAUACACUAAGCCGCUGAAAGCCGACAACAGUGAUGUUAAAUCUGAUGCCAUUCUUAUUUACGAUCCGCACACCGAUAAUCCGCUGAAAGCACAUGCUAGAACCACAUUGUGCUACGAGUUACUCGCUCUUUCGAGGCACUUCCAUCCCUCGGUGGCUCUUUUUGCCACUGAAAUACUCCAUCGAACUAAGAGCGGAGUCCAGUACUUCGGUGACCCGCUUAAAGACUUUACGACAAUGCAUUUUCUUGACCGAUUUGUCUACAGAAAUCCAAAAGCUCAAAGUAAUGAGGCUCACGACAAAAUAUUCGGCCGAUCGCACCAUUAUGCGCCAAAGGGUGUUCGCAGCAUACCUGUAGGCUCCGCGAUGUACAUGACCAAACAUGAGAAUGCUAUUCCAGUCGAUGAAGCCUUCUUGUUCAGGUAUUUUGUAGAGAGUGGUCGUCGUACGGAUGGAACAGGAAUUAAUGCCCGAGUCAAGGAUGAAGACGUUGAAGAUCUAGACUCAGACGAGGCGGAUGAGUUUCUCGGCGAUAUUAACAAUCACGUGGACAUGGACAGUGAAAACGGGGAUUUCUACUCGGAGUUUAAGGAUGGACGUGCGAAGCUCAAGGAAAACGAGAAUGCUGAUAGUAAGAGUGACGAUGAAUACGACGGAGGAAACAGCGACGAAUACGAAUUGGAAGAAGGAAUGGAUGCUGAGAGUGUUUAUGGCAACGAAGAAGAUACUGGUGACAAAAAUGAAGAUGACAAAUGUCCUGAUGAUAAAACACUUUGUUCUGUAAACCAUCUGGGUGGGACGGACGCAGACAACGAGUUUGAGGCAGACGAUGAGCAAGAAGAGGAAGGAUAUAAGGGUUUCAAACCAAAACCGACGAUUAAAGGAUUGCCUGGAUUUUCUCUUCCGUUGAACGUAAAACUAAAGAAGUUUAAAGUUAGUGAACUGACAGCGUCAACGGAUAGGUUCCAAAGUAUGCUGGAUAGCAAUCGCGGCUUAGAUGGCAGUGGUUCGCUUCACGCCCUUUCCGCAAAAACCGCAGCAGGAAAGGUAUCGGACGCCAAACAACUGGACUGGGAAAGAAAACGGCAUUUUCAGCUUUUUGGGAAACGAAAACCGAAAGGCAAGAAGCUUAAAAAAGGAAAAGUGGUAAAGAAGGCCGCUACUCUUAAAGCACAUAGGAACAUAAUUAAAUUUAACGCUCCCAAAAAAGGGAGUAAAAAACAGAGGGGUAAUCAAUAAAAUGGUUGGUUGUUCAUGAACUGUUGUCACAUAGUAAUUGAUUAUUACUGUUUAAUUUUAUAGGAACAAUUUAGAGUACAGAAACGAAAAGUGCUUUUUCAACGUCUACUUGAAACAAUAAAACAAUAAAACUGAAAAAAAGGUAUUGUGAUAAAAGUCCAAGAGGACGAUGCUUGCUAUCAGUGAUAUAUGUACCAUAUGAGAACACAUCCUUUCAAUGUUGCUGUAUUUGAAAAGAUAAUAAAUAAGUUGAAAGUAAUAUUACAACUUUUUCCAACCGAAGCUACAAUAUAUUUGGAACUACAAAAAUGCGCAUGGGGUGCGCACACACGGUAGAGCUAUUGAUUUUAAGAUGUCUUGCUAGUUUCAACUGAUUCUUUUCCCGCAUUAUAGUGCUCCAUCAAUAACACUUACAAAUCACUAAUAGACGAGUCAGCCGAUUCAUACUUUUGUUUUUCUCGUUCAUAAUAAAUACGACAAAUAUUUAUGCAUAACAGAUACAUAUAAAUUUAAAAGGUAUCGUUCUGAUUCGGGCCCUAGAACCGAACUUUGUCAAAAACCCUCUUCAAACGAUAUCAGAACUAAAAAAUGUGCUGUAAGUAAUACAACAUCAACGUGCCACUGUUCGUUUAAACAACCCGUAUGUCAAAAACCCACAAAUGUCACAUUUUUGGGACUCUUCUAAACUACACUAGUUAAAUAUUUAUGCAGUAUGAUCCAUGCAUACCAAUAUGCCGUUAGUUAGAU